UAAUUGAUAUAUUAAUCAAAAUAAAUUUUGUUUCUACUGGAUAAUAAUCAUGGAUAUCAACAAUAUUAUUAGUAUGCAGUCUGAUGCAAUGACUGAAUCCACAUUAGAAAGUGAAAUUGAUGCGCUAUCCAAAAUUAUUACAGAUGCUAAAGAUGGUAUUAAAAAAUUAGAAAACUCUAAUGAGGACUUUAAAUUAGAUGGUGAUAACUUAGUUUUUAAUGAUAACUAUAUACAAUGUGACUCAGUAGAAAAAGAUAAGUUAUUAUUACCUAGUGAUAGCUUAAGUAUCUUAGGUGCUACUGAAAACAUAAAUUGUAUUCCUAUUUCAACUACAAAAAGUAACUUACAACAAAUGUCAAAUGUAUCUUUGGAAAAUAUAAGCAGUGAUAUUAAAACUGAAAGUAGAUUAGAAACAAAAGCACAUAAAAUUAAUGAUAGUUUAUCAUUGAUAAGUGAAGCUUAUAAUUCACAAGAAUCUCAAAGUUCUAAAAUUGAAUCAUUAUAUAAACUCCAAAAUGAUGGAAUAGAAGAAACAUUAGAUUUUAAUCAUGAUAUAUCGGUUUUAAAAAAAUUAAUUACUAAUGAAAAUGACAGUGAAUCAGCAAAUAAUAUCGAUAAGAUUCCACAAGAAAAUAAAGAUGCAAUUGAGGAAAAAUCUGUUAAGAUAUAUAAAGAUUAUAAUUUUGAUUCAAAUGUAAAGUUUUCUAUACAAAAUGAAACUAUUGGUGAUUUUGAACUUUCAAAGAAUACUAAUAUAAAUUUAACCAUUGACAAUUCAGAAAAAAUUGAAAAAACUGUAACUAAUUUAAUACAACCCAUUAAAUCUACUAUUGAUAUAAAGUUCCCAAAAAUUAUUAAUAUGUUGGAAAAUUCAGAAAGGGCUAAUGAUUCUAAAUUUUUACUUGGAUCAAAAAUAAAGAGUAUUAAAACUUCACAUGACAAUAUUGAAACUUCACAGAAUAUAACUGUAGAACAAUCUAAUUGUAAACAAACUUUUAGAAAUAAUGAUGCAGAUAACAGCAUUAAAGUCUUACAAUGCUUAGAAUCUAUUCAAGAUCUACAUAUUGACCCAAAACUGAUCAAAUUCACAAAAAAGGAUCUGGAACAUGAAGCAAUUAUUCCAACUACAGAAAUUAAUUUUACGAAUGAAAUUAAAAAUUCUAACAAAACAGAAUUACUACUAGAAAGUUUUGUACCUAUUGAAAAUAACACAAACGUAGGAGAAACAAUUUGUAAAAAUAACAAAAAUAAUAAAACAACACAAAACGAAAUCAAUUUUCUGACAAAUUUAGAACCACAAAAUAAUAAAAAUUUAACAAUACAUACUUAUGAAACUGAUAAAGAUUUAUUAGAAUUACAAAAUAUAGAUGUUACAAAACUAUCAAAUGUUUCCAGAGUAAAAGCAUCUAAAAAUUUAAAUAUAAAUUUGGGAUUCAAGAAAUCCACAAUAUUAGAUAAAAGUAAUUCAGAAAAAAAAGAUUCACGAGAAGUAUUAGAAAAAUUAAAUAAAAACUACACAGAUUCAAGUAUGUCUAUAAAUAUUAAAAGCAAUGUAAAAUUAGAAGUUUUGAAAGAAGAUUCAAUGCUUUUAGUUAAAAAUCAAAUCAUUGAAAAAUUACCUGAAAUUUUAGAACUUGAAUCUGCUGUGAGAUAUUUACAGGAAUCAGAGAAGAAGGAAAUUAAACCAAUUAAAGUAUUUAAAAAUUCGAGUAUUAAUAAAGAGAAUUCUAGUAUAUUUGUUGCAGUAGAAGAUAGUGUGUGUGAUAAUGUUUCAGAAUUAAUAUCAAAUUUGCAAGGAGCAACUGAUCCAAUAGCAAUAUCAGAAGCAGAAAUUAUUUCUGAAGCUGCUAAAUUGGAAAAUGAACGUAAAGAAAAAUUAGAACUAAAAAUGCAGUUUAAAAAUUUUAGUGAAAAAUCAUGUGAUAUAGAAAAUGAAAACAUAACAGAAAUAAACAAUACGGCUAAUGCAGAUAAUGUAUUGACUUCCGUUGCAGUUAAUAAGCAAUUGAAUAUUAUAUCACAAAUUCCAAAUAAAGAUAUAUUGAAGGCUUCAAUAAUCACAAAAAAUAAGUCGACUUCAGAAUCCCUAACUGGAUCAUCAAUUCUAGAAGAAUGUUACAAAGAUCUAGCAACAGUUGAAAUUUCCGAUGGAUUGUCAAAAAUUAGUGAGCUACCAAAAUCAACUUUACUUAUAAAUAAUGAACCGAAGCAAAGACUAGAAUCUCCUGAUAGAUCAACAAAAGAUGGUGAAAUUAAAACGAGUGACAUAACUAAAAAGGAUUUCGAUAAGCAGUUCCAACAAUAUUCAGAGACUGAAAACGUUGGUUCACCACGAAUCAUUUUGAAAAUUGCUAAAUCGGCGAUAGCUGAAUGUUCGGAGCCACGUUCACCUAAGAGUGCAAAGGUUCGUUCUGCUGCUAAUUCACCAAAUCCAGAAGAUAACUCUGGACAGAAACUGGGUAAGAUUAAAUUAAAACUAUCUAGAAGUGGACAUCCAUCUAUCAUACCAAACACAGUUAAUUACGACGAAACAGCACAAUGGCACGCAGAUAACACAUCAUUAUCGUCUUUGGGAAUGAGAAUUAAAUUAACAAAAUCAAUUGAUACUACGAUAUUUGAAAAUAAAUUCGAGGAUGCCCAAAAACUGGAGGAGUUUAAAGAAAAAAUAUCCCAUAAAUCUGAAGAAAUAAAAAAAACAGAAAGUGCUAUUGGUAUGAAGAUUAAACUGUCCAAAUGUGGAGAUGCUUCGAUAGUGCAUCAAGAUAAUACUACAAAGGAUAACGUCAUUCAGGAAAAUUCUGAUAUAAAAAAACAAGAUUCACCCUCAAUUGGUAUGAAAAUUAAACUGUCAAAAUUUGGUGAUGCCUCUAUAAUCCAGCAAGAUAAUACACAAUCCAUUAAUGAACCUGUCUUAAAAUCUAAGGAUAAAAUCGUAGAUGACAUGCAAGAUGAUAUAAAACGUACAGAGUUGUCUAUUGGUAUGAAGAUUAAGUUAUCGAAAUCAGGUGAUGCCGCAGUUGUAAAUAACGACUCUUUGGAAUUAGUUAAAGAGUCAUUAGAGCCAAAAGAAAAGAUCGAUGAUUCAUUAAAACGCAUGGAUUCAUCAUUUGGAGUAAAAAUUAAGCUGGCUAAAAUGAAGGAUGGAGGUGCUUCUAUUAUAACCAGUGAAAGCUCGGAAGAAAUAAAUGAAAAAAUUGAAAUUACAGAAAUCUCAAAAAAAAAAAUUUGUAAAAAGAAAGAAAUUUCCGAAACAAUUGAAGGAAACAGUGAAAUUGAUACUUUGAAACAAGAUGCAUGUAAGAUAAAGAUAUCAAAACUAAUGAAUAAUGAAAAUAAUAUAGUAUUAUCUGAGCCAGUUGAUGAAAUUGCAAAAACCAGUGUUGGAAUGAAAAUUAAAUUAUCUAAAACUGGUGAUGCUUCGGUUAUGCAGAUAAAAAAUGAAGAUACAUUUGUUGAAACUGCAAAUAAAAUAGGGGAUCAGUUUAUCGGUAUGAAGAUUAAGUUUUCCAAAAGUGGUGAUUCUACACUUAUUCAUUCACAAAGAUCUAUAGAAGCAGAAGAUUUAUUAUAUUGCAUUAAAACUAAGCAUUCAAAAAAUAAAGAUCCAGAUUCUGUAUAUCAAUUAAAGUCUAAAGAUGAUUCGAACUUGGAAAUGAAAAUUAAACUGCCAAAAAUGAGUCAUUCAAAUAUAAUUACAACUAAUGAUAUUAACGAAGAACCACACAUUAAUAUUUCUCAAGCUUAUUGCUCAAAACAAAAAGAUUCUAAUGAUCUGAUGUUCAAAGAAUCAAAGGUAAUUGAAUCGAUAAAGAAUCAGUCGAUCGAAAAUGCAAUGAUUGAUUUACACAACAAACGUAAGGAAAUCACUUUAGCUCCUAUUGAGGUAAAAAAAUUGAAGAUAGAAAGCAAUUUUAAACAAAUGAUACCUGACGUUACUAUUCAACCUAUUGUACCCGGAAUAAUAAAAGAACAAUCGCAACAAAAAUUACUUUUGGAAUCUAAUAGCGGAACCAUUAGUCAACAACAAAUGAAUGUAAUUAAUCGAGAAAUCAGCAUUACACAGAUUUGUUCUUUGUCAACGAAUGAUGCAAUAUUAGGCGAACGAUUAAAAAGUACUCUCAAUGUCCAAAAUCGGCCUUUGAUUUCAUCACCUCUAAAUUCUGAUUGUGAAAUUAUUGAACCACAGCCUGAAUUAAUAAUUGUUAAUGAAAACUCGAAUUCGAGUCAGGAUAUCAUGAUAAUUGAUGAGGUACUAUCCGCUAAGUCAGUGAUGAAAAUGCCCAAGAAGCGUGGUCGUCCACGUCGUAAUACCACUGUUGUUACCGCGGAUGCGAUUGGUAUGUCUAACUUUCAAGAAUUAGAGCUUCAACGAGAUCCACUAAGUCUAGAACAGCUACCGAUACCGAUAAUGCUACCGACGGCUAUGACGAUGUUACAGCAGCAGAUACAACCACAAAUUGGUAUAAACAAGUCAGAAGGAAUGGGAACAGAAAGACCUAGAAGGACUUGCAGAAGUCAAAAGAGUUAUGCUCCUCCAAAGAGAGGUAGAGGACGAGGUCGUGGAAAACGAAAGAAUGAGGCAAUAGACAUACCGCUGAAGAAGCAACGAAUUACACAAGACUUAACGGCUAUCGAAAAAGCAACCACCACUACUAUUGCUAUAGACAACUUUUCUGUUGAACUUAAUAGUAAUAUAAGUAACUCGCCAGAGUUUUUUAAAACCUUGAACGAACCUAUACUUGAAAAAGUUAACAAACAAUUGAAAGAAGUCGAAAUCUUAGAAACAUCGAAAAGUGUUUCAGCAUCAUUCAUAUGCAAGCAAAAAGUACACGAAGAAGUACAAAAAAGAAUGAAUAAUGUAAUAGAUACAGCUAGAGUAAACACAUCUACUCUUAACACAAAAGCAACAACUGAUAUGUUAUCAGUAGCUCAAAAUAAAGAUAAUAAAGAAGAAUCUCCGAAUACAUUGGAAAUCAUUGUUAUAAAAGUUACAGAGAAUGCAAAAGAAUCUGAGAUCAUCAGAGAACAUGCUGAAAUGGUAGAUCAUAAGGAUUCACUUACAACCCAAGAAUAUCAAAAUUGGUUAACUCCACCAAUUAAAAAAGUAUCAAAUGAGUGUGGAACGAGAAAUGAAUCCAUUUCCACGAUAACUGUUAUUGAUGAAGAAACUAGAAUGAGCGCUGAAUCAGGUUCUAGAUCUCAGACACCCGCACGCAAUAUCGCCGUUCCAGGAACUACAGAAACUCUCGUAAAUGAAGAAUCACAAGGUAGCGUGUUAAGUACAGCAACAACUGAAUCAGAAAAAGUAAAGGUAAAGAAUCGUCGGAUGGAAAUAAGUUUUGAUCCAGACGAGGGUCCAUUCACAGUAGAGAAGAUCGCCGAAUAUGAAUGGCCACUAGAAAAGAAAGAUGAAAGACCUGCUGGACGCGGUGAAACUUUCAUGAUACAAGAGCAAAUAUCACAAUAUUUAGGCGUUAAAAGUUUUAAAAGAAAGUAUCCUGAUCUGAAAAGACGAAUGGUGGAUAUGGAAGAGAGGAAUUUCUUAAGAGAGAAUGGCCUCGUCAGCGAGUCAAUGUGUGAUAUGGGUUUGACAGCUGUUAGCAGCUCGGAAGUAUUAGAUAUCAUGUGUAGCGACUUUCAGGAACAGUAUGAGGAAUAUAGAAAACAUAUGCGUGAAAAAGCAGCAAAAGAGCAUUCAAAGAAGCAAAAAGAACUUUCAGCAGCAGCAAACGCUGAGCGGAAUAGAAUAGAUUUAGCCGAGAUGGCAAUGCAAUCGGCGCUUUCGUGGAAUACGUGUUUGAAUAAAGCGCGUCAAGAUUCACGUAAAUGUAGCUUAGAUCUACAAACAUUCACCGUUCAUAUGCCCAAGCGAUCUAUCAAAUUAGAUUCAGCUAAGAGUGUCAGCCAUUAUCCAGUGGCUCUCAUACCAGGACAGUACACAGAUUUCUAUAGGGACUAUACACCUGCUGAGCUCAGAUACUAUCCAUUGAAUACGGUAUUAUAUGGUCCAAUGCGUCCGAAUGAAAGAAAGUUUGACAGUCAAUCUGAGGGAUCACAAAGUGAUAGCGACAGCGAUUCAUCUUCUGAUGAUUCCAGCUCAUCCUCAAGCGAGGGCACUCAAGAUACUGAAGGCUCUCAAUCAACAAUGGAUGAAGUUGAUAUGGACUUGACUCUUCAAACAGAUAUCAAAUGCAAAAUGUGUCUUAACAACUUUAACAAAAAUAAUCGGCCUGAAGUGCUCAUACAAUGUGGAACAUGUAGUGGAAAUGUUCAUCCUUCGUGUAUAGAUUUAACGAUAGACAUGGUACCCCAUAUUCGAGCGUAUGCCUGGCAAUGCACAGACUGCAAAACUUGCGCUCAAUGCCAUGAUCCUGCUGAUGAAGAUAAGAUGCUUUUCUGUGAUAUGUGCGAUAGAGGGUAUCAUAUUUAUUGCGUGGGCUUAAGAAGGGUUCCACAGGGCAGGUGGCAUUGUCAAGAAUGCGCAGUCUGUGCAAAUUGCGGAUCUAAGGAACCAGGUGGUCCGAAUUCUGACAGAAAUAGUGUUGCACAGUGGCAACAUGAAUACAAAAAAGGCGAAAAAAAUAUGAGAGUAUACGUUUCUACUUUUUGCGUACCAUGUUCAAAGUUGUGGCGAAAAGGUCGCUAUUGUCCGCACUGCAGUCGCUGUCAUAAUGCUCCGAGGCUCGACCUGGAAGCUAAUCUAGUUCAUUGCGGAGCGUGUGAUAAAUACCUACACCUUGAUUGCGUGGAAACCAAGGGACAGAUAAUUGAUAAGCAACGUUAUUAUUGUGAAUUUUGUUCUCCAAAUAUUCAACAAUUAGCCAAAUCAUUAAUAUCUAAAAUAUUACAAUGGUAUUGA